GAGAUCCUGCUUGCUUUUAUGUUGGUGUAAUCUUUAUUUUAAAUGAACUAAUGAUGGGAUUGUUCUUCAUGUAUGGAGCAUACCUGAGUGGGACUCAACUAGGAGGUCUUAUUACAGUACUGUGCUUCUUUUUCAACCAUGGAGAGGCCACCCGUGUGAUGUGGACACCACCUCUCUGUGAAAGUUUUUCCUGUCCUUUCCUUGUACUUCAGAUGUAUAUUUUAACUUUAAUUCUCAGGACGUUGAGCAAUGAUAGAAGGCCCUUCGUUGCACUCUGUUUUUCCAAUGUUGCUUUUAUGCUUCCCUGGCAAUUUGCUCAGUUUAUUCUUUUUACACAGAUAGCAUCAUUAUUUCCCAUGUAUGUUGUGGGAUACAUUAAACGAAGCAAAUUUCAGAAGAUCAGUUAUAUGAACAUGGUAACAUUUUUAAUAUAUAUUUCAGUUAUCCUUAGUUUCAUUUUGAUGUUUGGAAAUUUAAUGUACUUCUUAUUAUUUUUUGUCAUUGUUAAUGACGUGGGGAUUGAUUCCAGGACACCCCCAACCCUUGUGGAUACUAAAAUCUGCAGAUGUUCAAGUUUCUCAUGUAAAAUGCCAAUAAUUCUAAAGAGAAAUAAAAUUUAAAAACUGGGAGCAUCUGAACUCAACUUUUGGUGGCUCAUGCCUGUAAUCACAGCACUUUGGGAGGCCAACGCAGACAGAGAGCUUCAGCCCAGGAGUUUGAGACCAGCCUGGGCAACACGGCAAAACCCCAUCUCUACAGAAAAAUAGAAAAACUAGUUGGGCAUGGUGGCAUGAGCCUGUGAUCCCAAAUACUCAGGAGGCUGAGGUGGGAGGAUUGCUUGAGCCCAGGAAGGUUACAGUGAGCCAUGAUCACCCCACUGCACUUCACCCUGGGUGACAGAAGAAAUGAACUGUAUGUUUACAUGUUAUAUAUUGAGAGGAUAAUCUGGAAAUGUUAUAAGUUGAGGAGGUAGGUUCCUACCUACAAUACAAGAGAACAAAAUGGAAGGAGUUGCUAUUUUCUCCUUGUUGGAGGCACUCUCCCAUCCUUUAUGGUGAAAAUAUAGAAAGAUUUGUCCACUGAGUUGUUGAAUGAAUGACAUGAUGCUUUUUUUGUCUUUUUAUUAUUCUUUAUUGGUUCUACCAAUUUGACUCUUUACCCAGGCCACCUGUCCUUAGGCAUGCAGGCUUUGUAGAAAUUCACAUAUCGACAUUACACUUUUAAUAUAUAAUUCUUUCACUUCAGAAAAAUUGAGCAAUUUAAUAACUCAACCCAAAAGAAGGUCAGAAUUUCAGUUGCAAACUAUUGAAAAAUGACAAUAAAUAGAAAAGUGUCCAUAAACAUCAAAAAAAUUCUGCCACGGCUGCACUGAAAGGAAAAUUUACCGUCUUCAUUUUCAACAUUUUCAGUAGUAGACUGGAAAGAACAUGAAUUGACUAAGUUUUAAAUUCAAGAAUAUCAAAGAAACAAAAAAAUCUAAGUAGGGAAAAUUUGAGAUUUAACCAAAUGUUCAGCUUACAUUUUUUAAGCCUCCAUAGGUAUUAUUUUCUGUUUUUAGCUCUGUAUAUCUUUGGCAAAGAUAAGUAUUUAUUACACACAACCUGAACACGGUAUUUUUAGAUCUAAGUGAUUCACUUUAGAGUUUAAUGUCAAUAGAAGCAAAUUCACUGUUUAAUGGGAGACUUGAGUUUUUGGUGGCAAGGUAAUUAUUGAAUUGAGCUCAUGCUGAAAUUUACAAAGGUGAACUUUGUGUGUGCCAUGAGGCAUGAGAAUCAUUACAAGAAGGGAAAUGGAACCUCCAAGAUAAUCUAAAGCUCAGUGCUAAGGCCAGAUAAGGAUAGUAUGAGAAAUGAUAUUCUUACUCAUGAGCAUAGACUCAAAAUUUCACCUAGAUUAAAAACAUUCCAUACACACAAAAGUAUAGAAGAUUAGUAACUCAAGAACAGCCAUAUAUAUGAUAAAGAUAAUCCAUUUGUGAUAAAACUGGCUUAUUCUAGGAAUCCAAAGAUGUUUCUGGAAAAUCCAAAAAUGUAAAUUAUCACACUAACAGAAUAAAAGAGAAAAAUAUGAUCAUCCCAUUAGAUGCAGAAAAUAAAAUUGAUAAAAUUGAACACCCAUUUAUAAUGAAAACGUUUAACACAAUAGAAAUAACAGUUUUCUCAACCCAGUAAAAUUCUUCAGCAGUCAUUAGUCUUAUAAUAAGGUAUUUAGAGUGUUCUAUUUAAAAUCAAGAUAAAGGUAAAUGUGCUUUUUCACAUUUUAUUAAAGUCCAAACUAGCCUAC